UUGUAUAAUACAUUAGUUUAGAGAUAAAAGAAUUGACUGCAAAAUGAAUGCAUAACUAAAACAAUAAUUAGUUUUGAAUUUAGUGUUAAAUCAAAUAAAAGCCGACUUUUUAUACUAUAAUUGUUUUGAAAGCAAAAAGAGUUAAAUAUUUGUUGAAAUUUAUGUCUAAUUUAUCGCAAAAGUAUUAAAACGAUUGACUAAUAGUUGUGUUUUGUAUUAUAUUUGAAGCGUUUGUCUCACAUAUUGUUUGAAUAAAAGGUUGUGUUUUGUGAUCUUCUCUGUACUUAACCAUCGAUUUGAUCCAAAUAUUGUAUUCAAUUGAAUAAUGUCUUUAUCGAUGUCUUCAUCGUCUUCGUCUUCAUCGUCGCCAUCAUUAGGAGUGGGAUCUAAUAAUGAGGUUAUAUUUGACUCUUUAUGGUCAUCGAUAACAACCAACACAAUGAGAGCAACUGAUGGAAACAAUGGUGAUGUCCUCCAGACUAUCAAUUGUCUAACGAAUACCAUCGAAGCAAAACUGUUUGCAGUGAAGAAUAAUAAUAAUAAUAACAAUAAGAUGAGUGCCUUUGACGACAAUAAUGAUGUGAUAAAAGCGUCUCAAGAAGUGUCCAAAUUAUAUGCCAUCCGCUGUGAAUGUUAUCUAACAAUAGGUUUAUAUCAAUUGGCUUUUGAUGAUGCAGUCCAUGGAUUAUCUUUAGACCAGAAAAACGCUAAUUUUUAUCACCUAAAAGGUCGAGCAUUGAUAGGAUUAAAUCAAAAGAAGAGCUCUGAAGAAGCUUUUAAAAUGGCGUUAGAAUUACAUAAAAAUACUUCUGAUUCUUGCGAUGAUUGGUUUAAAAAUUAUAAAAUGAAGUCAUUAAGUGAUAAUAAGACACCAAAUGCUAAUUAUAAGGAAGACAACGACAGAUCAGUUGACAAUACUAUUGAUCAGAUACUUAGCGCGAGUCUAACUUCAGGACAAUUGUCAACACUUAGAGAUAGCUAUACUCGUAGUUAUAAUAGUAAUGAUAAUGAUAUGAACCAAUUACUAACACAAAGCAUUGAAUCACAAUAUUCAAACAUUUUUGGAUCAAAUAAUAGUAAAACAAGUAUUGGUAUAAAAAAAGAUAACGACGCCCCACAAUCGUUAGGUCUCAAACUAAUCAAUGAUAUUGAUAACUGUUUGGGAAGUAUUGGUGAUUCAGAUGAAGACAAGGACCAGAAAUUUUUUGAUAAAGAAAAUGAUAACAUAUUCAGUGCCACUAAUUAUAAUACAAAUUUUUCAAAUAUUGAAAAUAGUUUUAAUAUGAAUGAAAAUAAUAUAAAAAGUAAUACUUUCUGUGAUAUCAGAGAUAAUAGUGUUUUACUUUCACGAAGUAUUUCGCCACAAAUAUCGCAAAAUUUGUUUGGGAUCUCUUCUGAUAUGCAAAUCAAUCAACAUUUACAACAAAAGACAAAUAGUUUUUCUAUUGAUCUCAAUAAGGAAACAUUGGGAUCUCAAAUCAUACCCAAAGUUGUUAAUAAUAAUAAUAAUAAUAAUAAUAAUAACAAUAAUAAUAAUAAAAGUAAUAAUUAUAGUAAUAUUAAAACGUUUGCAAAGGUGGCUUCAGUUAAUGCUAAAAAACCCAUACAAACAGUCAAAAUGGCAUCAAAAGGACAACAAAAUAAUAAUGAAAUGAAAGAUAUACGACUGCAAAAUGUUUUAGAUUUAAAUAUUAAGACAAAAGUAUCGGCGUUGGAGUCAUUUGGAGGACCGACCAGUGCUAACACUGGCGACUGCUUAGAAAAAAUUGAGAAAAUGAGUCAAUUGAUGGUGAUUUCAGAACCGACUAAACCAACAAAUUUGAUGGCAUAUAAAGGUCUUUGGGUGUGCAAUAUAUCACCCGAUGCCUCGUAUAUGACCCUAAAAAAGGUUUUUCGCAAAUAUGGAAAUUUUACAGGAAUUCAGACAUUUGAACGAAAGGCGACCAACGGUUCAAAUAUAGUUUUUGUUCACUACGACAACAGCCAAUCACCUAUUGAUGCCAUCUCUGACUUAUUUGGUAAAUAUCAUAAAGAGAUUUGUAUCGAUGAAAGUACACCAUUGAAGCUGAGAUAUACACCGAGUAUGGAACAGACAAAGAAUGGAGAAUUGCCAUCAAUGGAAAAAGCAAAAAGAAUUGUCGAAAAAAGUGGUGAAUGUUUCAAUUGGCGGCUUUCAACCGGAUGUCAUCGCGGAGAUCGAUGUAAUUAUAAACACAUCCCAAUUAAUAAGGCUAUCGACUCUCAGCCAUGGGUAAAGGCAUUGAAAAAGAAGGCAAACGAGACUUAAAAAAAUACAUAAAAUGUUUUACUUUUUUCAAAAAUAAAUAUAUAAAUAAAUAACUAUUAAAAAA